GCAAGUCGCAGGAUUUUAGCCUUUAUCUUCUAUUAAAUAUCAACGUUACUGCAUCUCAUUUAUUUGAUAAAAUGUAAAACGUAAAUUACUGAGUCGCUGAGUUUGUGUUUAGUUCCGGGUAGCUUGUCAUGGUGCCACUUCACGCUUAUAUAGCUUUAAUGCAAAAGGACAGUAACGAUCACACAUUACCUAGCGCUAUUAUAUUAGCAAUGUCUUCUAAUGUGCAAAUUUCGUUUGAAAACGUAUAUACGUGAGAAGUACUUGUCGUUGUAUUUUGUGGAAUAUACAGAUAAACCUUAUUUUAUCGGUAAGGGGUGGGAUGAAGUGAAAAACUGAAAUCACGCAGUUUACGCGGUGUUCUAUGGUGCAUUGUAACGAUUACGUGAACGCAGCACGAGACCUCACCAACUGUCAUGGCGUCUCCCUUGAAGGGGGUUCGGUACUGACAAAAGUAUUGGUUGUUAUUUUUCAGUUUUUACCUUUACCAAGCAUAGCAGGAAACGCCUAAAUUAAAAGGUUUCAGGGGCAUUUGUUCACCAUGGGGACUGUCCAUGCCAAGAGUUUGGAUCCUCUCCCAAUGCAAGGCCGGGACCUGGGCGUCAGCCCUGAUGACUUGGUGGAGACGCCAGAGCUGGAGCAAGAUACCAAGCAAGAAAUCCUGGAAAACAAAGAUGUGGUUGUACAACAUGUCAACAUCCAGGGUCUUGGGAGAACUAAAGAAGAUCUGCUCGGCUAUGAGAUCUCUGAUGUUUUCCAUGCCAAAAACCUCAUUGACGUGAUGAAAAAAGCCCACUUAGCCAGACAGAGGCUGCUUCGUCUGGGAAUCUUCAAAGACGUGGAAGUACUUAUCGACACAUCAGAAGGUGCAGAUGCUCUGCCCAACGGUCUGGAUGUAACUUUUGAAGUGAUAGAGGUCAAGAGGCUGACGGGAAGCUACAACACUAUGGUCGGCAACAAUGAAGGAAGCAUGGUUCUGGGUCUGAAGCUACCUAACAUGUUUGGUCGAGCUGAGAAACUCACCUUCCAGUUCUCCUACGGAACCAAGGAGACAUCAUACGGCCUGUCAUUUUUCAAGCCCCAGCCUGGACACUUUGAGCGCAACCUCACUCUCAACCUUUACAAAGUCACUGGUCAGUUCCCAUGGAGCUCCUUAAAAGAGACUGACAGGGGUGUGUCCGCUGAACUAAAUUUUCCUCUUGGGGUAACUAACCACACUCUGAAGUGGGAGGGUGUCUGGAGGGAGCUGGGCUGCCUGGCGCGCAGCGCUUCCUUUGCUGUGCGAGAAGAGAGUGGACAUUCUUUGAAGUCAGCCCUCUCGCACACCAUCUCACUUGAUUCAAGGAAUUCAGCUAUUUUCCCCAGCAGAGGUGCCUUACUCCGGAUCAAUCAGGAGCUGGCUGGUUACACAGGAGGAGACGCCAGCUUUCUGAAAGAAGAUUUUGAGCUGCAACUCAACAGACGACUCUUCUGGGACUCUGUCUUUUCUGCCUCCCUGUGGGGUGGGAUGCUUUAUCCUAUUGGAGGACAACCAUGCUGCAUCGCAGAUAGGUUCUACCUAGGAGGUCCCACCAGUGUACGAGGAUUUGGGAUGUACAGUAUUGGACCACAAAGUGAAGGUGACUAUCUGGGUGGAGAGGCAUACUGGGCAGGUGGUCUGCACCUCUACACUCCAUUGCCCUUCAGACCAGGCAAGGGGGGGUUCGGAGACCUUUUCAGAACCCAUUUCUUUCUCAAUGCUGGCAACCUCUGUAACCUCAACUACGGUGAUGGUCCCCGGGCUCACCUUCAGAAGCUGGCCGAAUGCAUUCGUUGGUCGUAUGGUGCAGGCAUUGUGCUGCGGCUGGGAAACAUCGCCAGGCUGGAGCUCAACUACUGUGUGCCCAUGGGAGUUCAGAGCGGGGACAGGAUAUGUGACGGCGUCCAGUUUGGCGCAGGCAUUCGCUUCCUCUAAACUCUUCACUUCACUGCCCUCCAGUCCUCCAUCGGAAAAGGGAGAAUGUCUUGUUCUGUGUCCCCCUUAACUUGUUGUAGAGUGUGAAACACUAGCAUGUGUCCUUUGACCAUGGGAAACGUGAAUAAACACUCCCCUACGAAUGUUUGAUAUGCACAAGUUAAAGUUUUAAAAGACUAUGUGCUGCUGCUGGGUUAUCUUUGCAAUAUUUAUAUUCUAAUAAUUAUAGAAUAUAAAACAAUGCGGUACUGCUGCUCUACAUCUACAAAUUAGGACAAUGAGCAACGAUGCACCAUGAUGACAGUGCAUCUUACGCCAUAUAUAUUUAUAUAAUAAUAAUAAUAAUGUCUUGGCUUUCAAUUUGAGUCACAUUCCCAUCGCGCUUUGUUUGGGAUCCCCAGCAUUGGUACAUUGUCUGCAAAGUCAUCUUGUUGCGAUUUUACCCGCUGUGACACGCUGCAGACACACACAGUAAAUAAUUUGUCCAAAUGUCACGUUUCCAGGCCAGUUUGGUUGAGUUGCACUGUGAAGUUGAAUGACUGCAGUAACAGUAAGGACAUCACCAGAGAUAAGCCAGGGCCUCUUUAAGCCAGGGUGGAAUCACCACUUUGCUAAACCCAAUUGUUGACAGAUCGGCAGCUUGCUGUUCAUCUCCGUGACCAGAGGCAGAGAUGGGAGCCCGAGCUUCGUCCACCAGCAGUGCUCUUACCUUUAUCUUCUUUUUGAUGUCUGUUCAUGAAUAAAUCACAGCUGCUCCUCUA